ACUGGUUAAACAUAGAUCUCAGUGAUGCUUAAGUCAGUUUACGGUCCUCCCUCUAGAAUGCAGCAUUAUCUGAUGGGACAAAGUCUGAAGUUUCCUAAAAUCGUUCACUCUUCAAUCCUUGUUUGUCUAACGAAAGUUAAAUGAAAGGAUGAUUAACUUAUGUUAAAUUCAAAUUUAAAAGAUGUCAAUGAAUGGUACGAGAGAACUUUUUCAACGUGAAAUUAAUUUUUUUGAAGCUUUUUGUUAGGGUUUAUAUCUCGUCAAUUAUCCCGCUUGGAUACUUAAAAAUGCAAUCGUAUUGUAAUAGAGUACAAAGCGGUUGGUUAUUCUGAAUUAAUCGACCGCUGAAUUAUCUUAAAGGACCAAUGUGUUUGGAGUUUCGUCAAAGCCGUGUAGUAUUGGCCACAACUUGCGCCACAUUGUUGUUUUUACCAGUAUUACGGUAAUAUACAGGAAGUGGGAAUUAUUCCUCUUACGUUCAGGGAUAACUCGACAUCACAGGGUCCGUUAAAUUUCCGUUUCUCUAAGUUCUCGCCGGUGGUAGAAUAAAAUAUGUCAAUAAACAUGUCGCCGUGCGGCUCAACUUUGGAAGAACAGCUUUCGUCCAUAAUGGACGUACUUGCGAAAGCGGCCGUAUCUGAAAUUAGCCAACUGUUCUCGGAAGGCUCGACUACCCUUCGCUUACAAAUAACUCAGAGCCUGAAAGAAAACGAAGCGCUGAGGACGAGGAUGAAAGUGAUGAGGAGUGAGCUGUUUUCUUUGCGGCUUCAAACGAGAUCAAAUGCAUCACGUGCGGCAAGUCGUUUCGCACUGGCUCGAGCCAACAUCUGCAAACCACGGACUAAACUACUGGGAAAUGAAUGCAAUGUAUUCUUCAUCCUCGUCAUCCUCAGGUCAAAAGCCCCCGAUGGAAAACAAGGUGGUUGGAGGUCCCCCUUAUCUUAAAUCAUCCAAAAGUGAGGCUUCCUCUGUUACAACUCCAGCAGAGCAGCAGACCCUAGACACCAUUUUAAUUAAGGAUGAAGAGGAUAUUGUUGGUGGCAUGCUCUCUGUAGAAGACUACGAAUACAUUGGAGGCCGCAGCACACAGAGAGGUGCCAACUCGGAGAGACUGCAUGUGGACGCCCCUGGCUCCUCCCACAUGUCCAGUCACAACGGGGAGCUGCGGAUCCUAAGUGUCCACGGAAAAGGGGAGGGCCCACUGGCGGGGGACGGCCAUGCCACCCUCUUCACCGCGUCUGAACUGGAGGCCCUGAGCUCGCUGUCCACGGACCACAGCGCGGCCAAGAGCCUGGACUGCGGCGAGCGGCAGGUCCACCGUGAGGAGCGGACUAGGCAUCUGGGCGGCCGCAAGGGCCGGCCCUGUGUCGUGUGUGGCAGGGUGUUUCCCAACAAUGCCAAGAUGACCAUCCACAUGCGUACCCACACCGGCGAGAAGCCCUACGGGUGCGACCAAUGCAUGAAGCGCUUCCAACAGAAAGGCAACCUGAAGAUCCACAUGAGGAUUCACUCCGGGGAGAGGCCCUUCGUGUGUCUGCAGUGCAACGCCAGCUACAGCGACUCCAGCAAUUUGCGUCGCCACAUGAUGAAGCACACGGGGCACAGGAUGCUUUGAUGGACAACUCUAUUGUGUCUGUGAUGAAAUUAAUGCUCUAUAUUUUAUUCAUUACAAUUAAGGAUGCCUUCCAUUGUUAAGAUAUUUAUUUAAAAAAAAAUCGAUAUUCCUCUUUUUAUUGUUGUUAAUAAUCUAUGUCUGUGUCAUUACCCCUUAGGGCUGAUAUGGUCCCACAUUCACACAACACAAGGGGGGGUUACGGACCCGAUACAUCCUUACGGACCCUCCUUGCGUCCACUGCCAGGGCCUGGCGUGCGCCUCCCAAAAAUUGUAACCUUCCAUCGAGGCGACGCAGCAGCAAGGGCAGUGAUUGGGCCGCUCACUAAAACCCGACGUGGGACCAUAAUCAGCCCUUUACCUUUGUUAUCACAAAUUGCCUGCAAAAUUAGAAUAGUGCAAAGUAACCCCACAUUAUACAUGAUAGUUUCCUGAUUACCCAUGGACCCCCCCUGACUGGUUCUUGUUCCCUUUUUGUGCCACCUCAAUAAAAAAAGCUUGGAAUCGUAA